AUGACACUCACUUCUGUUUUUUCUUUGUUUUUGCUAAAAUGCCACAAAUGUCCAGACUCAAGUUUGCUUCUCAAUUGGCCAGAUGCUUUCACACUUCACAGCAAUAAUGUUUCCAAAGCUACAAAUCCAUUCUUGAAUGAACUGUCUGCUUCUAACCCAUUUUUGGAUGAUAUAACUCAGCUAAGAAAUAACCAGAAGAAAAAUAAUAUUUCCAUCUUGAAGGAAGAUCCUUUUCUUUUUUUAAGAGAAAUUGAAACUGGAAAUUCUUUGGAUUCCUCUGGUGAUGAACUUGAUGUGCAUCAAUUGUGUAGGCAGUCUUACUCAAGGAAAUCAGUGAGAUCUAAAAGUGUUUCAGAACUUUUGGACAUAUUAGAUGACACAGCACAUGCCCAUCAGAAUAUACGUAACUCUGACCAGAUCCUGGAACACGACUUAGAAUGGCUUCAAAAUGAUCGAGAGGCUUAUAAAAUGGCUUGGUUAAGUCAACGCCAGCUGGCCCGCUCCUGCCUGGAUUUGAAUAUCAUUAAUCAGAGUCCUGGAUGGGCCCAAACACAAGUUGCGGAGACUGUGGUAGUUUGUAAAUUCAACCACCAAGGAGGGUCAGUACAAUUACCUGAAUCAGAUAUCACUGUUCAUGUGCCCCAAGGUCAUAUAGCUGUGGGUGAAUUCCAAGAGGUAUCGCUAAGGGUUUUUCUCGAUCCUCCACAAAUGCUUAAUCAUGAUCUUUCAUGCACUGUAAGCCCACUGUUGGAAAUCACGUUAGGCAACCUUAACACAAUGGAAGCCAUUUUGCUGGAGAUGAAAAUCGGGGCUGAAGUGAGAAAGGAUCCUUUCAGCCAAGUCAUGACAGAAAUGGUGUGUUUACACAGCCCGAAUAAAGAAGGCCCUUUCACAGUGUUAAACAACUGCUACAUUUAUAAAGACACCAUCCAAGUCAAGCUAAUAGAUUUGAGUCAGGUCAUGUAUCUAGUGGUUGCUGCACAAGCUAAAGCUACUCAGUCGCCAGCUGCCACCAUCUGGGAUUAUAUCCACAAAACCACCUCAAUUGGAAUUUAUGGGCCCAAAUAUAUCCAUCCCAGUUUCACUACUGUUUUCACAGUUUGUGGACACAGCUAUAUGCCGGGAAAGCUUACAAUCUCUGAUAUUAAGAAGGGUGGAAAAAACACCUCUCCGGUUGUGUUUCAGCUCUGGGGGAAGCAUUCAUUCUUACUGGACAAGCCACAAGAUUUAAGUAUUUCUGUUUUUUCAUGUGAUCCUGGUUUUGAAGUAAAGACAGAAGGAGAAAGGAAAGAACUUAAACAAAAUCAGUUGCAAGCCAGUCAAGUAUUUCAUCAACAAUUUUUAUUUUCUUUAGUUGACUCCAGAAAAAUGCACUUGUUUGUUUUCCAGGUUCAGUUGGGGCCUCCCAAUGGUAGACCAGUGACACAGUUUUUUAUCACUACACCUGAUCCAGCCCCAAACCUAAAAAGACACUUAAAUCUGCCAGGUAAUUUGCAGAAAGAGAAGGAAAUCAAGUCUGCUCCUUCAUUACCAGCAGUGUAUGUUAAAUACCCUACAUUUCAAGACAAAAAAUUAAACUUUACCAAAUAUGGAGUGACUCUGAAGACAGUGCUAAGACAAAACAAGAUUGACUACUUACUUGAAUAUAUCAAAGGGGACACAAUAGCUCUUCUUGGAGAAGGUAAGGUAAAAGCCAUUGGGCAGUCCAGAGUGAAAGAAUGGUAUGUGGGAGUCCUGCGAGGUAAGAUUGGACUUAUACACUGCAAAAAUGUCAAGGUGAUUGCAAAAGAGCAAGUAAUAUCAAUGUCAGAUCGUGUCUUCACAACCAGGAACCUUCUUGAACAAAUUGCCCUGCCCUUUAAAAAACUGACUUAUAUCUACUCAGUUAUAUUGACUUUGGUGUCAGAAAAAGUUUAUGAUUGGAAAGUUUUAGCUGAUGUCCUGGGUUACUCACAUCUGGCACUGGAAGGUUUUGAACGAACACAUGCAGACAAAGAAUCAGAAAAAGUUUCUUAUGUUUUAAAGAAGUUAAAGGAAGAUUGCCACAGAGACAAGAAUACCAGAAAGUUUCUUUAUGAGCUUGUUGUGGCCCUGCUGAAGAUGGAUUGCCAAGGGAUAGUAGCGCAUAUCAUCCAAGAGGCUGCGCUCCUGACUUCAGCUGUCAAGCUGGGAAAAGGCUGGAGGGAACUAGCUCAAAAGCUAGUACGAUUCACAAAGCAGCAAGUGGAGGCAUAUGAAAUUCCUCACCGAGGAAAAGCUGGAGCUGUUGCUGUGGAGAUGAUGUGGAAACCUGCUUAUGAUUUUCUCUAUACUUGGGGUGCUCACUAUGGAAAUAGCUACAGAGAUGUGUUACAAGACCUGCAAUCUGCUUUGGACAGAAUGAAAAACCCUGUGACCAAACAAUGGCGAGACUUAACCGGAGCUUUACUACUAGUACAUUCUUUAGAGGUUUUGAGAGCAACUUCAUUCUCCACUUCCGAAGAAGUAUAGAAAUGAAGGACUGCCAAAGGGGAUGUGUGAGUUAUCAGAAAUCUGUUGCCUGCAAACAUGGACACGAGUUUCCACCACCUUCCUCCAGCAUCUUGGGACCAGCUAAUCCUUGACCUUUAUUCAGGAUCCUAAUGUAGAAUAGUUCAUUAAGUCUCAGGGAUUUUUAAUAACAGGGGUUAUUUUUAAAAAUAAAACCUUCCUUUAUCACUGUUGAA